AUGACCGAAUUUCGAAUGCCCAUGCACCAGGGUCCCCCUGCCCGGAAACCUUUACACAACCCCCAACAUGGUUUUCCUUACCAGCCCUACGACGCCCCUAGAAAUCUUGCGCCUCACUCAGCCGUGCCCUCAACCACACACAGUCGCACUCGCACUACAUCCUCCAACGUACUUCCUUAUGGAUCAGUGUCCAACCAUCACUAUCAGCAGCAGCAGGCAUCACACACCAUGCCACACCAUGCCAUGCCUCCGCCCGGAUACCCACCUUCACGGCGGCUUUCCAGCACUACUACGUCGACCAACUCAACCGGAAACCAUAUGCCACACUCAGACCCAAAUAUUCGGCGGAGUGCCUCCAACCGCUCGGCAAGCUCGCAGCUAGGCUACGUGGCUCUGAUGAGGCGGCAGAAAGCGACCGUAUGGUGUGAUCGAGCGCAAUCAGAAGAUGCUAGAAUGCGUGAGGCGGCGUUGCGGGACAAGAAGAGAGCAUAUCUUGAAGUCCAUGGCGCAGGCGCCGGUCGUUCAGGCGGUUCGAGUGGGAAGAUCCGACACGGAGGCAAAGCGGGACUCGAUUUCUCCCCAUCCAACCUGGUGAGCGCCAAGGUCCCUGUCAGACUCAGUGCGAACGAGAUUGGCGACGCCGAUGAGGAUGCCCACAGCAGUGAGGGUGGUGUCGUUCACCGCAGGACUGGCAGUGGCCGCAGCUCUCUUGGAAGCAAUCGGUACCCGAGUGGAUACCAGCGACAGCAGGGCACUAUGGGAAGCAAUAGUACACCUCCUAAUGAGAAGACUGAUUUGCCUGAUGUUUCCGAAAACACCCCUGCCGAGAUUCAUGAGGAACAGAAGAGCCGAUUGUCUUCACUUGUCAAGGAUGAUGCUGCAACAACACAUAGCAGCGAACAGGAAGACAUGGUUGGUGAUAUGGAGGCUCCUAGUGCAGUUGUUGCAUCAACCCAAAAGAUCCACAAGGCCGAUGAGUUACGGCGACGAGGUAGUGUCGAUGAGCGUACUACUUCUAUGACCAACGUGCGACUCUUCGUUGCCAACCCUGAUCUCAGUGAUUAG